CGUACUUUUGUGCUUGGUAUAUUUUCCCAAUCAAGGCGCGGUACUACUAAUUACAAUGCUAACUGCAAUGGCGGGAAGAUUCCUUGUUUUCUUUUUUGUUUUAUGUUAUAACGUCGUUUGGAGGCAAAAUUAGCAAGAUGGCGCCCGACGCCGAGAAACCACAGACAGAGACGCGGUUCUGCGCCCUCGGCAGCCAUCGGCUGAGGACACCGUUCCGGACCAUCAGCAAUGAGACGCUGCGUAACUUCGCCAGACUCCUGAACAAUGACUUCAACAGCGAGUCCCUUAUUUGCAAGAACUGCUACAGCGAGCUCUUCAAACUUUAUAUGAAGAAGGUCAGCAACGCCAAAAGACACAAGCUCCAGAAGAUGGCGGAUACUGUUUCGGAUAUUAGCAGUCAGCAGGCUGAUUCCUCAUCAGAGCAGAGCGGUAUUACGCCGGCGCCGCUGGGGAGGACCUUGCUGCCCUUCAACCUCAGUUCUGUCAUGGAGACCUCUGCCCACACAAGUGCCAUUGGGACUGUUGGAGUCCGGCAGAACCUCAGUCAGACAUCCGAUGACCUGCCCACUACGAGUGCUGCGGCAGCCAAGAAGAGACAACGAUCGGAAAGAAACGAUGACAUGGCGCCACCUCCCCGGAGGCCUCGUUCUGAGCAGAGCAGUCAGGACGAUGACGACUAUGCGCCCAAUUCGAAUCUUAGCCUGAACGCCGUGAAUGGCACGAGGCUGCCGCACAUCCAGCCAAUCCCGCGAAGACGACCGACUGUCCACCUCAACAAGGAGGCCAUGGACAUCUACUUGCAGGGCACGACGGGCGGAUAGGCCACUUCUUAGUUUAUAUGUAGGUUUUUGUGAAACGAAUGUAUGUACGAUUGAAUCUACGUUAACAGUCAAUAUAUAGAAUAAUUGUUUUUUGUCCAUUUUGUCAAGACCAUAAUAAAUAUGUAUAAAUAAUGAA